CAAGGGAUAAGAGACAAUUGACUUUUUGUUGUUGUUUUAUAAACGUAUAACGAUGCUCAUUCAAUUAUAUCUGUGGUUUUUCGCUUUUUUAUAACUUUAAGAAGAAAGACAGUGUUCUGCAACGAGUUUCAAGUUUCAAGAAGAGCAGAAGUUCGCGCUUCUUCGUUCACUCGCGCAUACUCGCUACUUCGUUGAUACUUUUUUACUUUUACAAAGAUAUAUCGAUUUAAAAAAAAUAUAUAACCUCAAAAAUGACUGGGAAUCGUUCUAUCAAUUGUUUCGAUUGCAAAGUGACAUAUAAAUGAAUCAAUCGCAUUUCUAUUGGGAAAAAUAAAAAACUGAUUAAAAUGGACGAAGAUAAAGUAGCCGUAAUUCAUGUUUUGACGGAUAUAAAAGUAUUGAACGUUUCAUUCUCUUCAGGAUGGACGACCGAAGAUCUUUGCAUCAAAGUGUGUAAACAACUUGAGAUCGGACCAGCAGCACGACAUCUCUUUGCUCUUCGUAAUCGUUCAACCAGGCUUUGGUUUCCACCUGGCUACAAGAUGGAAAAUGAUGAAAAGCUCAAAUUUGAAUUUCGUCUUAGAUUCAAACCCUCCAGUCUACAGAGACUGAAGCACAUCGACAUAAAAGCUUAUGAUUAUUAUUUUCAACAAGCACGUUCUGACGUUCUUGACAAUAAAGUACCUGACAUUGUAUAUGAGAGACACAAGCGGGAGCUCAUUGGAUUAGGAGUUUGCGAUAUGUACAGGAUAAUGCUCGAGAAAGAUAUACCACGGGAGAUAGUGGAGUCAGAUUAUAAAAAAUAUAUACCCAAAGAAUGCAUAAAGCGACACUCGUUUUUCAUAAAGAAGCCAAUACACAAUGCACUAGCGAGAAUAUCAGGUCAUGAUGCAUCUUACGUAAAGGAACAAUAUUUGAAUCAGUUUGAAAGCAUGGCACCGAAUUAUCCAUGUGAAGAGUACAAAGCUCUGAUGGACAAAGAAAUACCCACGCCAUUGAGAGUAUUACUGAGAGUAAGCAUGAGCGAUGUGAAAUAUUGUGAGACUGAGAAUGGGAUAUGGCAUACACUCUGCGCUUUUGAGGAUCUUUGUUUCAUAUCUAUAAGGCAGGAUAGUACAGUUGAGGUAUCAAGAAAAAAUGGAAUUCCUUCAUACCUGAAAUUCGGAACUAACUCUCUGCUCAUGUCCUUCGUUUCAUCGCUGGAUGGAUAUUACAGGCUGGCUGUUAAAUGGACGUUUAAUCUUUGUCGUGACGUUCUAACUCCGAGUCUCCAAACUCUCCAUAAGCAAAAGUGCCACGGUCCUGUUGGUGGCGAAUUCUCCUAUGCCAAAAUAGAGGAAAAACGCUCCAACAAAGCUGGUACUUAUAUUUUACGCGAAAGUGAGACGAAGUAUAAUGUAUUUUACUUGGAUUGGUGUGGCAAGGACGGCAAACAUCGAACACACAAGAUUGAACAGUUAGGACCUGACGAUUUCGUACUAGCUGAAUCUGUACAGAGAUACAGAUCCUUGGCCCAACUAAUUGCGAUGCAUCAAGACCCGGAAGGUCCAAUUUAUCUUGUUGAGUGUUUGCCACCUUCCGAAUAUGAUAAAUCCCCCUUAUUGUUGCUCUGCGCUCCCGAAGGGAUCGGUAGCGAUGUAGCAGCUGAUGAUGAGAUAAUCGCUGCCCUGCUCGACGGAGGUCCGCGAUGUAUAUCUCCUCAGCAAUUACAAAUUUACAAAGCUCAACCAUUUCCAAAGAGUAGUGACAGCGGUGAAUUUCGUACGUCAACAACGACCACCCUCUAUCGCGCGAUGUGGCGAAUAGUUAAAGGAAAAAAACUUGAAGCUGCGAUAAAACUGCUUAAGGAGGAGGAGCGAAAAUUCACAAAAGAAUUUCUUGAAUUGGCGAGUAAAUGGGGUCAACUGCGAUCGGGAGCCCUAGUACGACUUUACGGUUUGACAUUGUCACCGGCUGUUGGAAUGCUCAUGGAACUCGUUAAGCUCGGACCUCUUGAUGUUUAUCUUCGUAAUAAUACACCACAAACUGUCAAAACAGUCGACAUGGUUGAAGCCGCUGCUUGUCUCGCAACAGCUCUUUGGCAUCUGGAGGAAAGCGGCGUCGUCCACGGCAACAUAAGAUGUAGAAAGCUUCUAGUCCAUGCACACACAGCCAAUAGUUUCACCGUAAAACUUGCCGAUCCUGGACUUUUUUCCUAUACCAACGCGGAUGUACAUUGGUUACCCCCGGAAUGUUACCUAAAUCCUGAACUUGCGAGGCGGAGUACUCGCGCCGAUGUUUGGGCAUUGGCCACGACUUUUUGGCAAAUAUUUUCCAGAGGUGCGAUCCUUCCUAUUCAUCGUGAUAUUGAUUCCGUUAAAAAGUUCUAUGCGAGUGGUAAACGCUUACCAAUACCGAGUGGUUGUCCCAUUGAAGUGUACAAUCUAAUGAUCGAGUGCUGGGGUGAGCCUGGUGGACCGAAAAAACAACCGCAGGCUAUAAUGCGUGAUAUCAAUCAGAUUCUCUAUCAGGUUUACAAUUCGCGUCGUACCCACGCUUAUGCUACUGUUUUUCCUCGGUUGUUCAACGACACUGCACAUCAAAAUGACAACGAUAUGGAAAUAACCGAGAAUAAUUCGUCCUCUGAUUGCGAAUCACGGGCGAGCAGUCUUUUCACUGAACGUACGAGCUUGCCAUGGGAUGAUGGCGAUGACAGUGGCGGUAUUCUCCUUGGUUCAAGCGACCAUGAUCAAGACGCUGAAGAAGAGCUUUCGGCUUAUCUCGGCUGGUUGGACGAGACGGGAGGGAACGGCGACCCUUUUGGUGCUAUUAUGGGACACGGUGGCGGUACUCAUGGAAACGAUGGUAUUCACGGCAGUACAGGAACCGUUGGGGAUACCUUGCUGGGUCAAAUGCAAGGAAUAUUCGAGCUCGAUGCCGAUUGCAACGUCAUACUUCAAGGUCGAAUUGGACAAGGUUUUUACGGUGAAGUUUAUCGGGGCAUCCUCGAGCGGGACAAUGCUGAAGAUGCUGAGCCACAAGAGGUCGCCGUUAAAAAAUUGAGAACGCGAGCAUUGGAAGCUGACCUUAGAGAUUUUGAGAGAGAAAUUUCUAUAAUGAAGACACUGAAACAUCCAAACGUUGUCGAGAUUCUUGGGGUGAUAUCCGAGCCAGAAGUGUGUCUCGUAAUGGAAUUCGUGAAGCACGGUUCGCUUCAAAGUUACUUGUCAAUACAUCGUGAAUUUUUGACGCAUAAAAGACUUUUAGAUUUUGCAUUAGACAUAUCAACGGGAAUGGAAUAUCUCGGUCGUAAGAGUAUAGUGCACCGUGAUUUAGCAGCACGAAAUAUUCUCGUUGCGGAUGAGACACGCGUGAAAAUAAGUGACUUUGGUCUUGCUCAAGUAACUGAUAAAAACGAUUAUUAUAUUCUACAAACGAACCGUGAUCUUCCUAUAAAGUGGUAUGCACCGGAGAGUCUUCGCGACGGAAAGUUCUCACCUCGAUCAGAUGUUUGGUCCUUCGGCGUUACGAUGUACGAAACUUUUGGAUUCGGCGAAGAUCCCAAAUUGCCUGGUUUAGGCGGUGAUGGAAAGGCUAAUGGAGAUAACGAGGAGGAAGGAAGCGCCGAACUUUUGGAAGCUCUUGAACGUGGCUUGAGGCUUCCUUGCCCUCCCAAUUGCCCGCAAGAUAUUUAUGUGAAACUCAUGUAUCCAUGCUGGCAUUUACACAGUCAUCUCAGGCCAGAUUUUGCUACGCUGUGUAACGACAUUCGUGACUUGAUGGAACAGUAUUAUUGAAGACGGAAAUUUUAACAAAGAAUCCCAGAGGAGACAAUGAAAAAAAAAGGAGUUGGCGACACGCUCUAUACGAGGCCAACUAUAGGCACUGGAAUACAAGCGAGGCUCCGUUGUGGUGUUACUCCGAAUAUCGGGAUCCUUUAAGGCUUCCUAAGUGUCGCUUUCACUCGUUAUUGAAAAUCCAACAUUUUUUUGUGGAUUUUAAAUCAUGAUUGAAGAAUUUGAACGACGCACACUCAACAUGCUUCGGGUUUAUCGCAGAAAUCUGCAAAAAUAUUAAUGAUCCGAUUAAAAAAUCAGUAAAGCUGAUUCCAGGAAAAUUUCUCAAGUGACCUAGUUAGGAGAAUGAUUAUUACUGCCAGCAGAUAGCUUCUCUCGAACCCUAAAACGUUCGUGGGAAUUAUUUCUCAAGGCAAUUCUCAAUACUUCGCUCUGUAUAUACUGUAAAACUAUUUGUUGCCAUCGGAAGUUUUGAGAAAGACUGAAAAUGCGGCCUGGGAGGAUUAUCGUCGUUGUGCCAUUUGAUGGUUGAUCUCCUUAUCGACAAACAUUGUGCCAUUCAUGCACGAUGGUACUAAAAAUCACACAGAAAUGAAUUUUUAAUGUGUGCACCUACUAAGCGAGAAAGAGGAAAUAAACGAACCGUUGAACGAAUCCUCUGAAUUAUAUAGAUAUUUAAAUGUGUAUACAAAAUUAUGUUUGUUUAUUCGAAUCGACGAUAAACGGAAGAAAACAAUGUUCGAAUUCUAUAUCAAAAAUACUGAUAUUACAAUAGGAAUAUGAAUAAUUUUAAUGAAAAUAUUAAUUCUUUACUUUUUAAACGAUGCCGAAACACUUGCGGUAUAUGGCACGUCGCAGAGUGGCUGCUAUGGAAGUGUUGAUCGAGCUCGGGAAUGAAUAUAAUUUUACGAUUUUCAUUAAUUGCAUUGAAAAAAAAUAUAAAUCUUUUUAGAAACAGCGUAAGUUUAUUCAUUUUUUCAACCACAUAAUUUUUGCAGUUUUUAAUGAAAUUUAAUGACUAAACGAACGAGUUUGCGAAAUUAAUCGUGUAAUGUCAACCGUAGAGUUGAUGACUUUUUUACAACAGCAUCUGUUUUUUAACGAAGUACAAAGUAUUUUAUCUAUCUGUUCACAAUACCGUACAAAAAAUGACACGAUCAUUUCAUAGCAGCAAGUUUACGAGUUUUUCAUCAUUCAUAUGGAGUAAUAGUUUUUAGAAAAUACUCCUUUACAGUUAAGUUUGUUAACAUUUUGAAUAACGUUGAUGCGUAUAUUUUAUGAACCCAUCCAAAAAUCAUCAUGUUCAUAAAUUUUUUAAUUUUUACUUUUAGUGCGACUCUCUUACUCGGAUUAGAUUAUUUUUUCAUCAAUCUAUGUAAAAAUUCACUUAACUUUGUAAGUGUUCCCCAAGCAGAUUUGUCAGUAAACUGAAUGAAUUCUCGUGAGUUCUUCAGGAUCACACCCGCCAGCGGAGUGCGCGAGAAUUUGAAAAAAUGUGCAAUUCUUGUUGUUGAUAAAAUAUAUUUUUUUCUCACAA